AUGUCUUUUCAUAAGUUGUGGAGGAAAGCACAAGACAAUCCGACUGAAUUUUCAGUUUGGAUCAGCCUUUUGGACCUCGUUGAAAAACAGCAAAAUAUUGAGUAUGCUAGACAAGCCUUUGAUGCUUUUUUCAAACGUUUCCCAUAUUGCUAUGGUUAUUGGAAAAAGUUCGCUGAUAUGGAACGCCAUAAAGGAAAUAAGGAAAAGUGUUUACAAGUUUACGAAAUGGGAGUUAAGACCAUACCUUUGAGUGUUGACCUCUGGACGGCCUAUUUGGACGCUGCCACUGAAUACUACCAUACUCAUGAUGACUAUGAAACUAAAAUGCGCAGUCUCUAUGAAUCUGCAGUGGAUUCUGCUGGGCUUGAAUUUCGUUCUGAUGCCUUGUGGGAGCACUAUAUCAGCUGGGAAAGUGGACACAAUCGACUAGUUAAUGCUGCGAAUAUAUAUGCUCGUUUAUUAUCAAUCCCAACUCAACUUUACUUUCAAAAUUGGGACAGUUUCAAUAAAUUAGUAGAGGAAAAUCGUCCUGAGGAUAUACUGUCUAAAAAUGAGUUUGCAAGUAUGGUGUCACAAAUUUCAGCGGCUACUGGCAAGCCUAUCUCGCUUGAACAAUCAACAGGAGACAUUAGUGAUGAGUUGGAACCACCAAUUUUAGGAUCUACAAAGCCAGUGAUCGAAAUAACAGAUUCUGUCAGGGCGUCUGUACGACAAAUGAUAAUUGAUUCCCGUGAACAAAUUUAUCGGGCAACUUAUAUGCAGAUUAUGCGGCGGUGGUAUUUUGAAGAAAAGAUCCGACGUCCAUAUUUCCAUGUGAAACCUCUUGAAGAAGUGCAAUUAAAUAACUGGGCUGAAUAUUUAAGUUUUGAAGAAGCAGAAGCUGAAACUGUAAUUUCACAUAUAAGAGAACAAAUAAAAGUGACUAAUCAGUUAUCUGAUGAUAAAUUAGAAGAAGCUGUUCUUGAAUAUCCUGAAGUAAAACUUGCUAAACGUCGUGUUCGUGUCCUUUAUGAGCGUUGUCUUGUUGCUUGUGCUCUAUAUGAACACUUUUGGAUACGUUAUGCAAAAUAUUUAGAGUAUACCGAAGGAGAUAUACCUGCUGCACGUGAAGUAUGGCGACGUGCUUGUAUCACUCAUUUACCAUACAAGCCAACAAUUCAUUGGCAUUGGGGUUGUUUCGAGGAUAGAUAUCCUGCAUGUUUAGAUAAUCCUCAAAAAUUCGAAGUCCUUACUUGUCUCGAUAUUUUGACAGACUUAGAGAAACGCUUAACAGAUAGUGCUCUUGUAUGUUGUAGACGAGCAGAUGCUUUAAGAAGAGCAGGGAAACCACUGUUCGAUAUUAUCGCUUGUUUGCGCAACGGUAUCAAUCGGCUUCGUUAUCUAGUUCAGGAGCAAAAUAAAGUAGCACAAUGUGUUUCUGGAGCUACUGCUUCUCGCACUGUAGCACAAGCUAUUGCUACUGCAGCACAAGCUCGCGCAGGAGCGGGUGUUCUUGCUGGUCGUCUUGCUCGAUUGUUUCAUCGCAACGAAUCACUAGCCCCAGACGGAAUACCUGUAUGGAUGUUGUUGCUCAGUACGAAAUAUGAAGAGGAAGAGGAUGAAUCGAUGAUAAUUGACCUACCUAAAAUCGAAGAAACUAAUCUCAAAGAAAAAAUUGUGGGAGCAGAAAGUAAUGAUAACCUCACUGAGAAAUCAGAUGAAGCUUCCAAAUCUCCUGGGGCUACAAAAGUCGAUGAAGAAAAUAUUACAGAUGAAGCAAAAGAAAUCAAUACCUCUAACUAG